AACCUAGUUAGAGGCGUUACAACAAAAAAAAAAAAAAAAAAACCAUAGAUUGGGUCGCAACCAAUAGAUUCAUUAAAUAAAAGACAAACAAAACCAAAAAGAUCAAAAUAUAUAAUUAGCUGCAUCGAUCAUGCAUGCAUGGUUGAAGCUUCAAUAAUGUCCUAGUAAUUAUAGUAAUACGAAUAACAUUAAUGUUGAUUGACUUGAACUAGUUUGUUUAUGUUCCUUUAAAAUAAGAUGGUGAUGAAUAUUUUAUUAAUUAUAUAUAUUCUUAAGGAUUCAUCUACUAAUAAAGAAAUUAUAUAUAUCAAUAUAUUAUGUAUACGACCUCGUUUGAUAUAAUUCAAAUUUUGUGGUGAGCUUUAUAAUGUAAUUUGUAAAAAUAUGUAAAUAAUAGGCUAAUUAAGCGACCCAUGUGGCGUACGUGGUCCAUAUGACCAUCAAUAGGGUGGAGUGAACUAGCUAGCAAUCUGCUAUGACUAAAACUAGGGCUCAUUAAGAGUGCAAUUUUGUGCAUCCAUUUUAGCCAAAGUGUAUGCAAUUUUUGUCAAUUUUAUGCGGCGUAGUCUCUUUCCUCUUUUCUCUAAUAACUCUUUUACCGUUGCCUUAUCUCAUCGAUUGCCACAAAGAGGGAGAAUGCAACGAUGAAAGACAGAAAAAAAAGAUAAAUUUCUUGAAAAAAGAAACUCCUAAAAAUUCCUAUCUAAAAAAUAAUGACUUUCACCCCAAACUGACGGGAGUCAGUUCACCCCCAUUAAACGAAGAUGCACAAAAUUGCACUCGUUCAUUAAACAUUAUGUUAUUUGCAUGUAGGGAUGUACAAAACUUCACUCUAAUCAUAAUGAAUUAAUGGAAAUUAUCAAUUUGAUUUAGGUUUUUUUCUUUUUUAAUUUGGUUCAAUUCGGUUAAUUUUUUAAGAGAGUUCAAUUUUUUAGUUUAAGUUUGAUUUUUUAGUUGAAAAUAACUGAAUUUUAAGAUAACGUUGUUUUUGGCUAAUCGCAUGAUUUUCAGUUUGUUUUUGGCUAAUCGAUUAGUUUGAUUCUGAUUAAUUUUUUUUAUGUCUGUUCGGUUUAUUCGGUUAGUUUGAUUUAUAUGGUUUGUGUUCAAUUUUUUAAUUAUUAGUUAGUUCAUUUUCUUGGACUUAAUCGUCCAGAUCAAUUUAUUCCAUUCAUGAAUUUCAAUCAGUUAAAUAACAGCAUUUACCGGUUACACACCCUUAGUUAUUUGAAUAUUUAAAAAUGAUAUUUAAUGUAACAUUGUUACAUUGCGAGUCGCGUUUGACCGCGUUCCCGUGCGGCCGUGCCAUAUUUCAACUGUCAACAGAAAAUAGAGAACUCUCUUGGCAUGAAAUGCCUACUACUCCAGCAGCAGCACAAUGGCGCACUGUUCUGAAGCCAUUGCUGGAAGAGCUGCCGCAGCCGUUGUCAUAUGCGCCCAUUUUCCAGCUACUAACUGGCCAGCAGCCUCAAAACUUGGUCAAACUCAAGCUUGGUCGCCAAGUCCAUGCUCACAUGCUCCUUCGAGGUCUCCACCCUACCGCCUUCGUCGCAGCCAAAAUGGUCUCAAUGUACGCCAGCUUAGGCGACCUACACUCUGCUUUACUCAUAUUUCAUCGCAUCGCCCACCCAUCUUCUCUUCUCUAUAAUUCCAUUAUUCGGGCUUAUACUUUAUAUGGAUGCGUCGAAGAGACCAUUGAAACUUACUUCCGAAUGCACUGGCUUGACCUUCGGCCCGACCACUUCACCUUCCCUUUUGUGCUCAAGUCCUGCGCGCAACUAUCGCUUCUCGAGUUGGGAAAAUGCACUCACGGGCUGAGUUUGAGAGUCGGACUGGAAUUUGACAUGUACGUUGGGACUUCGUUGAUCGAUAUGUAUGUGAAGUGUCGUGAUUUAAGCGAUGCACAUAAGUUGUUUGAUGAAUUGCCCAAAAGAGAUAUUUCGUCUUGGAAUUCCUUGAUUACUGGCUACAUUAGAGUUGGGAUGGUUCAUGUUGCAGAAGAUAUUUUUGGAAGAAUGUCAAACAAGAAUAUUGUGUCCUGGACUGCUAUGAUAUCUGGGUACACCCAGAAUGGGUUGGGGGAACGGGCAUUGUGUUUGUUCAAUGAGAUGUUGCAAAAGGAUGCAGACGUGAAACCCAAUUGGGUAACAAUUAUGAGUGUACUCCCUGCAUGCACGCAUUCAGCUUCUCUAGAGCGAGGCAGACUAAUUCAUAAGUUUGCUAGUGGUGUUGGUCUAGACUUGAAUCCUUCUGUGCAAACCGCACUGGCUGCAAUGUAUGCUAAAUGCGGGAGCCUCGUUGAUGCUUGUCUCUGUUUUAAUAGGAUACAUCCAAAAAAUAAGGGUUUGGUUGCUUGGAACACUAUGAUCACUGCAUAUGCUUCUCAUGGAUAUGGCGCGGAAGCUGUGUCAACUUUUGAGGAAAUGGUCAGAAGUGGGAUCCAACCUGAUGCAGUCUCAUUUACUGGUUUGCUUUCAGGAUGCAGCCAUUCUGGUCUUGUUGAUAUUGGCUUAGCACAUUUCAAGUUCAUGACUGCUGUAUACUCAUUAGAACCAAGACAUGAACAUUAUGCUUGUGUUGUGGAUCUUUUAAGCCGUGCUGGCCGAUUGUUGGAAGCGAAGGAGCUUAUUUAUGACAUGCCAAUGCAAGCAGGACCAAGCGUUUGGGGUGCGUUGUUGGCUGGUUGUAGAAAGCACCGGAAUUUGGAGAUAGCAGAGAUUGCGGCUUGGAAGCUCUUUGUCUUGGAACCGGAGAACAGUGGGAACUAUAUCCUGCUCUCAAAUAUGUAUGCAGAUGUUGGGAUGUGGGAAGAAGUCAACAAUUUGAGAGUUGUAUUGAAAAGUCAGGGCGUGAAGAAGAAUCCUGGAAGCAGUUGGAUUGAGAUCAAUGGAAAAGCACACUUGUUUCUUGGAGGAGAUAUGUCUCAUCUGCAGUCAAAGGAAAUUAACUUAUUGUUGGAGACGUUGCCAGAGAAGAUGAGGGCAGCUGGGUACAUACCAGAUACUAGUUUUGUAUUGCAUGAUGUUAGUGAAGAAGAGAAAGAACAUAAUUUAGCAACUCACAGUGAGAAGCUGGCUAUUGCAUUUGGGCUUCUGAACACGCCCCCAAAUACAGUUCUUAGAGUGACAAAGAACCUUCGUAUCUGUGGGGACUGCCACACAGUCAUGAAAUUCAUUUCGCAAAUCUACAUGAGGGAGAUCAUUGUAAGAGAUGUGAACCGGUUCCAUCAUUUUAAAUAUGGACAAUGUUCGUGUGGAGACUAUUGGUGAUUAACAGGGAUGUCACGUUGAAGGAGCUUUCUCAUAUAUAAAAUGUUGAACCCUGAGAUUCAAUUCUACAAGUAGUCGAGCAAUUUUGGUUCCCAGCAUAUGGUGUGAGAGAGCUCUUCCAAGAAAUGGUGAAAGGUUUGGUUUAUAUCAGUCUGAUCUUGGAAGGUGGCUUCUAAUACAAUCACUUGUUUUAAUAUGAAGUUGAUGAAAAGGAUAGGAUAAAAACAACCACAUUACAAUUUGAGCAGCUAGCCAUCAGAUUUGCUGCCACCAAUAUUAUUCAUUCCUAAGAGAAAAUCUUACCCUUAUGACGGAGGGUGCAGAAGCAGAUAUUUUGGGAGAUAUUAUUGUUAAGUGCCAAUACAGAAAUCGACAUAUUUUAAUUGUUUAUUUCUUUACUGGUUAUCUUUUCAUGUUUUCAUUAUUUAGAAUCUAAUUAGGGAAUUACCUCAGGUUUCCUAUAGGAAUAGGAUUAAUAGCCUAUAUAAUCUCAUUUGGAUGAAUUCUUUGUGAUAACUUUGAAAAUGAUUCUAAAUUGAUUUGAGAAUUCUAAUUGAGUGUUCUUUGAAUUUGUUCUUGUUCUUUGUUGGUUUUGCAUAGGGCUGCAAAUGAACAAAGCCACUUGUAAACAACUUGAUACUUUGCUUGAUUUAGGCUCAUUUUAAACAAAGCUUGAGCUUGGUUUUUAAGCUCAAUUAGUAAAUGAGCUAAGCUUGAACUUGAGGGUGUCUGCCUCGUUUAGGGGCUAGGACACUUGGUGUGUGAAAUAUGGUCCUUGGAAAUUUUCGUUCCAUUUAACAUUUUUCCUUUAUUUAAAAAAAUUAUAGAAAAUAAUAAUUAAUACAAGAAACUUGCCUCCAAAAACCAUUUUAGACUGGAUGAGCAUUUAAUUAAUUAUGUACCUCUUGAUGUGUGUGUUGCUACUUAAUUAGCACUAAACAAAUAGCACCAUUUCUUUAUGCACGCACACAGCUCAUGGGUGGUUAUUUGUCACUGCAUUUAAUUUACAAUUCCAUAUAUUACCAGUUCUCUGGUCUCUGUUGCCAACUCAUCAAGCAAAUUAAGUCCACCCUCAAGACGAUCUUCUUUGAAAUCCCCUAUAAUAUUUCCUUCCUUCUCGAUCUGCCAGUUGAAAUGGCUGCUUACUUGAGCACCAACUCGCCAAUCUGCAUCAUGAUUCUGCUCGCUUUCCUAGAGUUCUUGACUGAUGGUUUGUGCUUUUCUAGUUUCUCCUUUCAAUUUUGGUCAUUUCUUUGAUCAAUGUGAAUCUUGUUUGAUCUCAAAUUUGAACUGCUGGGUGAUAAAACGAUUUUUCCUCAUCUUCUUCUAGGAGUACUGGCCGUGCUUUUGUUGAUUGGUCUGUAUCUUGUUUUUCUUUUCUUUUCUGUCAAUUCACCGUUGAUUGUAGUUCAAAGAGUUUGUUUUUUGAUUUAAUUCUGAUCUGAUAUUGUUGUGCCAUGAAAAAUCGGAGAAAAAAAAUGAGAAAUUUUUUAAUGAAAAAAUGAAGGCUCGUCGCGAAGUGGCAUUGAGGCAAGAAGCUGUCUGCGAGCGGCUAGAGGCUAGCCGCGAGGGCUAACCUCGUGGCAAGGGUCUAGCCGCGAGGGCCAGCCUUGCGGCAGCCUUUCCGUGACUUGCCUCGCGGCAGCCUUGCCGCAAGGGCCAGCUUCGCGACAACCUUGCCGCGAUGCAGCUCGCAGCUAGAGGUUGGCCGCAAGGGCCAGCCUCGUGGCAAACUCCCCCUCUCGAUGAAACCUAAGCUCCAUUCAGCAAUCGUCACGUGUCAGCACUAACCAUCCUUGAAAAUCGUGCCCCAUAAAUACCCAGCUACAGGACAUUGAAGGGGACUUUCGAUCUCGGUAAAAUUUUGACACAUUGACUGCAUUUUUACUGUUUUCGUGAAUAGUUAUUUAGAUCUGGUACUUAGGCAUCGGAGGGUUGUCGCGGACGAGGAUUCCUGCGAGCCUUCUAACCCAUUUCUGAGUAUCAACAUGGUCAUAUCCUUGCGACGAAGGUUAAUUCUUGUGGCAGAGUCAAAUCUUUGCAGCGAGACCUUGUGGCGAACUCAAAUCCUUGCGGUGAGACCUUGUGGCGAACUCAAAUCCUUGCGGCGAGACCUUCUGGAGAAAGCAAAUUCUUGUGGCGAAGUCAAAUCCUAGCGACGAGACCUUAUGGCGAAAGUAAAUCUUUGUGGCGAAGUCAAAUCCUUGUGGCGAAGGUUAAUCCUUGUGGCGAAGUCAAAAUCCUUGCGGCGAGACCUUGUGGCGAAGUCAAAUUCUUGUAACGAGACCUUGUGGCGAAACCCUUUUGGCAAAACAAAUCCUUGUAGCGAAACCCUUGUGGCAAGACAAAUUCUUGUGGCGAAACCUUUGCGGCGAGAUAGAUCCCAGUGGCAAAAUUCUUGCGGCGAGGUAGAUCCUUGCGGUGAAACCCUUGUGGCAAGACAAAUCCUUGUGGCAAGGAAGAUCUUUGUGGCGAGGAAGAUCCUUGUGGUGAAAUCCUUGCGGCGAGACAGAUAACAACAACAACAACAACAUAUCCAGCCUUUAUCCCACUAUGUGCAGCGAGACAGAUCCUAGUGGAAAAAUCCUUGCGGCAAGCAUCCUUGUGGCAAGCUCCCUUGCGACAACUUCUCUCACGGUAACCUUACUUCACUCGACAUCGAGCUCAAGGGGCCCCUACAUCAUAAAUUUUAAUUGUUCUAUUUUUGAUAACAAUUUGGGGUCGUCUGUGGGAAACGCAACAAAAAAUCAAUCUUAACACAAGAUGUCGAGAGGGACAAGAUCAGCUGGUUUGGCGAACCUGCCUAACCCCACCCGAAGGAGCGCUCGUACCAAGACGGGAGCCACAAGAGGCCCCGAUCAGGUGCACCUUACAGUACUAGAAUUUUUAGAAGAUCACAUUGACAACGAAGUGCGUUCAUGGAACUUUUCUAUACUUGAAGGCGACCAGACCAUCGGAUUGGGGGGCAUGGAGCGUUUAGAACAGAGAGAAGUACACGUAGUUGGAUUGAGGAGACAUGCGACAGGGCAAGGGAAGCAAGUCCCACAUGCAGCGCCUGCUAGUUAGGAACAACACUCAUUUGGGUAGUCUUCAAUUCCAAAUAGAAACCUCAUGGUGACUUAGUACCUCCGGGACCCACGAGGAUAGCUCCAUCCACAGUCCUACUCUCAUAUUAUGAACAAUUACAGAAAGAUUUUGAGGAGCUGAAACACCAGAAUGAUGAACUCGGGAUGAACAAUGAGGAGAAUAUGAGAAGACUACAAGGAAUCACUGCUUUACUACAUGAACUAAUGACAGACAUCCACAUUCCCCACAAGGGACAAACCGAUACAGGGGGAGAACAUUGGAGAUCCUAAGACCACCCUCCAAGGACCACACGGUAGGGGAUAAGAAUUGGAACUCCAAGGCUAAAUAUCCAAGUCUUAGAAAUGACAGACCCGAGAAGGGAACAUGACAGGGGGGCAUGGAAAGCUCCCAUGUAUAAAGAAACAGUAGAAAACACAUACUUAAGAGCUCCUUAUGUCCCACCUCUUUGCAAAAAUGAAGCAGAACAGGAAACAUUCAGGGCAUCUGACAUCGAACGCCUUAUAGAAGAGGUGCUAGAGCAGAAGCAGGUAGUGAUGGUGCCAAAGGAAACGCCCCCGAAGGGGUUUCCUCUGUCUGAGGAACUCCAAAGGCAACCAGGGUUCAAACUGCCGCAGCUUUCGGUAUACUCAAGAAAGGAGGACCUAGAGAAACACCUACAACACUUCAUCGCAGUGGCCAUGUUACAUGGAUGGAAUGAGAUCAUUAGGUGCAGAGCUUUUCCACUCUCCUUGGCAGAACAGACUCAAUAGUGGUUCACUGAAUUACCAGCAGGGCAUAUACGAUCAUUCGAACAGAUGAAGAAAGAAUUCCUGAAUGCAUUCUCCAUCUACCUCUCGAAGAAGAAGAGGGCUAUAUAUCUGAUGAACUUGCAGCAAAAGCCUAAUGAAUCCCUAAAGCAAUAUAUCAAGUGAUUCAGAGUCGCGACGCAGGAAGUAAGGGAUCUCGCAGUCGGAUUGGUGGUGUCAGCCUUGCUUGACGGAACUACAGACGCCCUGCUUAGAAGAUCCCUAGCCUUCUCCGAGUUGGAUUCUAUGACUGAAUUAUUUGACCGAGUAGAACAGUUUAUCAUCCAAAUGGAAAUUUUGAACGCAUGGGAAGGUAAUAGAAGAGGAAGGGAAACCCAGCCCGAAUUGCGAAGGACCCUACAUAAUUUAGAUGUUGGGCCCCAACACGUGCAUACUACAGACGCUACAAGGCGAGGCGAUAGGAAAAACUUGGAACAUCGUGCACCUCAAGAGGUACUUCGCUUCACCAGUCAUUAAUUUCAGGGAAGGGGACGAAGCACGAGACGUAAAGCCAAGCCUAUCACCAGAAGCAUUGCUCUAUCUGGCUGGGGGCUGGGAUUGUCUUUAAUUUUCCAUUGUAAUAAUAUCCCCUAAUAAAUAAAAGAAUAUACCCCCUGUAUUCCUGUGGAGUAGGCAAAACUAUAAGCCGAAUCACGUAAAAUCUCCAUGAGCCCAGAUUAUUUGUAUGUGUCAUAGAAUGUGAUGCAGGUACGACGGGUCAAGCACAACUCACUCUCGAAGGUCAAGUCUCCUAGUGGCAAUCUAGUGCCGAUCACCAUGAACCGACUCGAUAUCACCAGAAGAUCCGACACCUAUGCCCGCAAGCUCACCCAGAUCCCUCGUUUGAGUCCGCUGCUAUGCCUUUUGGCUAGACCCGACUCCUUGAUUGAUCUAGCACCUAGGCCUCCUGGCAAACUCAGAUCUUUGGCAAGAAUCUCGUGCCGGACCACUGGCAAAACCCAGAUUCCCUGAGGUAGACUGGUUCUAGGAAAGCAGGAAAGAGGUGAAGUGACCACAUGACAGCUCUGACAUGAGCCCGCUCCCAAAGGUUAAGUCGCCUAGUGGCAAUCUGGCGCCGAUGACCACUAGAUGGCUUGGGAUCACUAGAAGAUCCGAUGUCUAUGCCCGCAGCAGACUCACCCAGAUCCCUCGUUUGAGUUCGGUGCUAUGCCUUUUCGGCUAGACCCAACUCCUUGGUUGAUCUGGUGCCUAGGUCUCCCGCCAAACUCGGAUGUCUAGUAGGAAUCUCGCGCCGGACCACUGACCAAACCCAAAUCCCAUGAGGUAGACUAGCCCAAAGAAGGCAUGAAGAGAGAUGGAACGGCCAUAUGACGGUUCUGCCAUGAUUUCGCUUAUCGGAGUUAAGUCACCCAGUUGCAAUUUGAUGCCGAUGACCACAAGCUGGCCGGGAUCACUAGAACAUCUGAUGCCUAUGCCUGUAGACUCACCCAUAUCCCUCGUUUGAGUUCGGUGCUAUGCCUUUUUAGUUAGAGUCAACUCCUUGGUUGAUCUGACGGUAGGUCUCUCGGCAAACUCGGAUGUCUGGUAGGAAUUUCGCGUUGGACCACUGGCCAAACUCAGAUCCCCUAAGGCAGACUGGCCCAAAGAAGGCGUGAAGAGAGAUGGAACGACCAUAUGACGGUUCUGCCAUGAUUUCGCUUAUCGGAGUUAAGUCACCCCGUUGCAAUUUGGUGCCGAUGACCACGAGGUAGCCCGGGAUCACCAGAACAUCCGAUGCCUAUGCUCGUAGACUCACCUAGAUCUCUUGUUUGAGUUCAGUGCUACACCUUUUUUUGCUAGACCCAAUUCCUUGGUUGAUCUGGUGCCUAGGUCUCCCAGCAAACUCGGAUGUCUGGUAGGAAUCUCGUGCUGGACCACUGGCCAAACCCAGAUUCCCUGAGGUAGACCAACCCCGAAAGACGGACAUAGAGGACACAAUAGCCAGUGCACUAUGAUUCGUCUCGGGAUCAUCGGAUGCAUCAAAGCCUAUGCCCGCAGGCUCACUGGGAUCCUUUGAUUGAGUCUGGUGCUAUGCUCCCAAGCUAGACCCGACUCCUUAACUGAUCUGGCCCCUAGGCCUCCCGGCAAACUCAAACGCCCGACAGGAAUCCCACAGCAUAACCUAUCCUUAAAGGCCUGCCCAGAGAUAAUCUAGUGCCUAUGACCUGGUCGACGUGAGAUCUUUGGAUAUUCUGACAUCUAUGACCGUAGGCUCAUCUGGAUCCCUUGAUUGAGUCUGGUGCUAUGCUCCCAAACUAGACCCGACUCUUUGGCUGAUAUUUUACUCUUCAAUUUUGUCUAAAGACAAAACAGAAGAGUGGGGGGCAAUUGUUGUGCUAUGAAAAAUCGGAGGAAAAAAAAUGAGAAUUUUUUUAAUGAAAAAAUGAAGGCUCUCCACAAAGUGGCCUCGCAGCAGCCUCGUGUAGUGUUCUAAAAGGCGCUAGGCGCUAGUCGGGCGGCAGACUAGCGCCUAGCGCCCGGGCCGCCUAGAGUUUUUUUUAUUUUUUAUUAAUAUAUUAACAAAUAUUAAAAUAAAUGAUGUAACAAUACUUGCUUGUAAAUAUUAAAAUAUUUAAAAUAUUAACAAAGGCAGCAACAAGGAGCAGCAAGGAGAUGACUCGGAUGCGAACAAAUAUUAAAGCUCGGUGUUGCAGCAAAGAGCAGCAACUUGCUGCUUGAUGCUUGCUGCUGCAACAAGGAGCAGCAAGCUUGCGUUGCUGCUUGCUGCUGCUGCUGGUGGAGGUGGAGGAAGAUGGAUACAUACCAGAGGAAGCAGCGGCGUGCGACAACAAGGCUAAUAAGAAUGGAAAGCAGCGACGGCAACUCUGCAACUGCAAGAGACGGUGGUGGCGUGCGAGCACGAGAGAGGCGACGGUGACGGCAACUCUGCAAUAGACAAUCGGUGGUGGUGCGCGCAAGAGAGAAGGGGAAAAAAGCAAUCGGCCAGGCUUCACGCGGCCAUAAUCGGCCAGGCGUUCACGCGGCUAGGCGGCCGCCUAGGCGUCGCUCGGUAUCGAUUAGCCGGGCUGGCGCCUAAGGUGGCCGAUUAAGCCACAGUCAGGGCGGCCAGCGGCCGCCUAGCGCCUCGGCGCCGCCUAGGCCGCGUUUUAGUUCACUGGCCUCGUGGCAAACGCCCCCUCUCAAUGAAACCUAAGCUCCAUUUAGCAAUCGCCAUGUGUCAGCAUCAACCAUCCUUGUGAAUCGUGCCUUAUAAAUACCUAGCUAUAGGACAUUGAAGAGGACUUCUGAUCUCGAUAAAAUUUUGACACAUUAACUGCAUUUUUACUAUUUUCGUGAAUAGUUAUCUAGAUCCGGUACUGACUUAGGCAUCGGAGGGUCGUCGUGGGCGAGGAUUCCCGCGAGCCUUCUAACCCAUUUUUGAGUAUCAAUAGGGUCAUAUCUUUGCGGCGAGACCUUGUAGCGGAGUAAAAUCUUUGUGGCGAGAUCUUGUGGCAAAGGUAAAUCCUUGUGGUGAGACCUUGUGGCGAAGGUAAAUUCUUGUGGCAGAGUCAAAUCCUUGCGGCGAGACCUUGUGGCGAAGGUUAAUCUUUGUGGCGAGACCUUGUGGUGAAGGUAAAUCCUUAUGGCGAAGUCAAAUCCUUACGGCGAGACUUUGUGGUGAAGGUAAAUCCUUGUGGCGGAGUCGGCAAGAUCUUUUGACGAAGUCAAAUCCUUGCGGCGAGAUCUUGUGGCGAAAUCAAAUCCUUGCCGCGAAGAAGAUCUUUGUGGCAAAGUCAAAUCCUUGCGGCGAGGAAGAUCUUUGUGGCGAAACCCUUGUGGCAAGACAAAUCCUUGUGGCGAGGAAGAUCAUUACGAUGAGACAAAUCCUAGUGGAAAAAUCCUUGCGGCGAGCAUCCUUGUGGCAAGCUCUCUUGCGACAACUUCUCUCAUGGUAACCUUACUUUACCCGACACCGAAUUCAAGCAGCCCCCACAUCAUAAAUUUUAAUUGUUGUAUUUUUGGCAACAACAAAUAUGUAUGGCUAGAUGUUGAUAAAUAGAUAUGUUAUCUUCGCUUUUGGUGGUGUUUAUGCUGUCGCUGCGACAACGUCUUCUCUAGAUUGACCUCUAAUAUCUUGAGUGUUUUAUUUUUUUUUAUUGGGAAAAAGAUGGAAGUAUAUAAAAUGGGCUAGCUUGUUUCAAGUAGAAAGGUCCCGAGUCAUUACCAGCCCUUUAUUUGGUUCUCUGGCUUUUGAGUUUACUUAGAAGAAGUGAGUUUGUUAGGUGAAACUGUGUGUGUUGUUCAAUGGUUGAUCUCCAUCAAGCUUCCCGUUAGAUUGUUGGUGUUGCCAGGAAUUUUUUCCUGUUUGUUUCUCCUAUUGGACUGUAUUGGUGAUUGUUUUUGUUUGUGGUUGUCUUUUUCCUUCUUUUGUCAAAUCCUCUGGUUUGCAACCCUAAGGAUUUUUGGUUUAUAAUGUCGCUAUCUUGGCUGCCUUGUUUCACUGGUUUUGCCUAGAAAAAACAAUCACCCAUAUAGGAUACACUAAACCCUAGAUUCACUAACAAGUUCUUUAAUCUUAAAAAGAAGCUCUUAACUCUUUGCAUUGAGAAUUCUAACCUUUACCUUGAUUUCAUGGACAGAUCAAUAUUGCUAGGAAGGUAGGACAAUGAAAUGUGUGCAUUUGAGUCCAUUAGAUAUAUAUGAUCACGUUUAUUAUGUUAUUGCUCUCUCUCUCUCUCUCUCUCUCUCUCUCCCCAGAUGCUUAUUUUCCUUUAUAUGUAUUCUUUUUUUUUUUUCCUUCCCUAUCUAGUACUUACACUGGUUUUGUACCUCUUGGAAAGUGGUAGCUGCCCAUGGGGUAGAAGCUGAGGGUUUGGAAGUUGCAAAAGAAUGCUGGAAGAAGUUUUCCAGCUCAAGGAAAAAAACAUCAAUGAUAAACCUCCCAGGGGCUUAUUACUGGGCUUGUUCACUAAGCAAUGCCAUCCAGCUACUAUUCCAGAACUCAGUUCAGAGUUUCCAUCAGAGACAGCAACUGCCACAUCAGGCAAGAUAUUCUAUUCAAAAUUAUUAAUGGGGGUGGAUAUAUAUAUAUUAAUGCUGGAACUCUUUUGCAGAUCAUUAUGCUGUCUUUCACUGAACUUCCUCCCCUCCCUUCCCUAUCUUAAUCGCUAUUUUCACUCAUUCCACAUCCAAGAAAUCUUUCAAGCUAUUAGAACAUACAUGACAAAAUCAAGCUUUUUGUAACUAUCCAUGGAUUCAUUGUAAUGAUGGUUUGUUGAUCCCUAUACAUCUAGUUCCUAAUUGCAGGCGCCUAUUUAAAUGAUUUCUUUCUGACUAUCUUUCUUUGGCAGGGGCUUUUGCAUCAUCCUCCAAUGCGAUAGGAGAACUGUUCCAGAAAUUUUGAGAUGUAGUUACCGGUUUUAACUUGUUCACAAUUGCAUCGUGUGAAAAUUCUGUUCAGAUAAACAAAACGCGUCAAAUUUUUAGUAAUGCAAUGGGGGUAAAAUUUGUUUCCUCUUAAAUAACUUAAUUGCUCUUUUGAUGAACUCCUUACUAAAGAGACAGCAUUAACCUAUUUUGGUCCUUGGUCACAGAGCAUGCCCUUAAUAUAUAUGUAUGCCGUGACAUUUUUUUAUAUGGAGUUCCAAGAUUCUCCUGAAUUGCUAGUCAAGUUCUUCUUGCUCGGGUGACGUCUGAAAUUGUGAUUAUGUUUAGUAGAAGUUGGCUUGCUGAUUGAAUUUAACUUGGCCACUCUUUACCAAAAGCUUGAUUCCAUGAUUAUAGCUAGUCCCAUUCAUUUCUUUUUUUACUCAUUCUAAGUUGUAAUUUAAACUUGUUUGGUCCACUCCCCAAGUAGUGUUCAUAUUUAAGUUUCCAUUUAUGGAUUCGAGGGAAUUAGAAAAAUGAAAUAAAGUUCAUCUCCUUGUUAGUUGGAUUUUCAUAUUUUCAGUUCAUCCUUGUAGCUAAACAUAUAAGAAUCUCAGUAUUAUCUUACCCAGAAUAUACAUGUAUAUAGUUGACUUCUUUUUCUCUUAUGGCUUCUUAUAUGAUGUUACUGCUCUAAUGUUCCUAUUGCUUGACAUGAAUGGUUUGUUUGCGAUGCCAGGCGAUGGUAAAAUUGGUUUAUGAAGAAAUCAAUGUUGAUAAAUUAGCCAAGGGACUGAGAUCACUUGGAAGGACGGCAAUGAAAUAUUUGGGAUAUGCGGAUGCCAUUGAGCUAUACAGUUGCGCAAUUGGCCUUGUUAGAGACAACCCGGUCUACUGGUGCAACAGGUAAUGUCACCUAUGCUUCCCUGUAUAUGUUUCAAUUAAUAGUUAGCUAAUCAUGUCCAUUCUUGAAGUUAAUGAACCAUAUAUUGGAUUUCCCUCGGAACCUCAAAGGUGAUAGAACUAAUUAGUGUCUGAGAAAUAUACAAUAUUUGGAAACAUUUUCCGUAUGAGCAUGCAAUAUUUGGGCUUGGUGUAUUUUCAGCUAGAGAACUAUCUUGAUGCUAUCGGCAAAGGGUACGCACAAGAUCUGUGUUUAAUUCUUUGAGCCCGGAAGGAUUCAUGCAUUUCAAAAUAAUAUUAUGUUCUAGUCUUAGACUUGGUAAAUUAUAGACAAACAU